UACUUAUGCAUUUUCCAGUUCCAACACGCAAAUUUUUGUGCCGGAAAAAAAAAAUUGAGUAGACCUUUUUUUUGUCUAAGACAAAAAGAAUUUGUGAGGCGGUCACAAAAAUUUAUAAUCGGCUACCGUGUACAUAAUUUCAUAUAUAUUUAUAUACAUACCGUUGAACCAAAUAUAUAGAUCAUGGCGUCGCAUCAAUAUCAUCAAAUCGCAAAUUUGCUGGAAAAAAUGACAUCCACGGACAAGGACUUUCGAUUCAUGGCCACAAAUGAUUUAAUGACUGAACUGCAAAAGGACAGCAUUAUACUGGACGAUGAGUCUGAAAAAAAGGUGGUUCGCAUGGUCCUUAAAUUGCUUGAGGACAAAAACGGUGAAGUGCAGAAUUUGGCUGUGAAGUGCUUGGGCCCGUUAGUCAAUAAAGUGAAGGAGAAUCAAGUGGAGACAAUUGUGGACUCGCUAUGUGGCAACAUGAUGUCCAAUGUCGAGCAGCUGCGUGACAUCUCAAGCAUCGGCCUCAAGACCGUAAUUGCCGAGCUGCCCCAAUCUUCCAACUCGUUGGCGCCCAAUGUCUGCCAGCGUAUAACUGGCAAACUAAGCAUUGCCAUUGAAAAGGAGGACGUUUCGGUUAAAUUGGAAUCACUGGACAUACUGUCGGAUCUGCUGUCGCGCUUUGGCGAGUUUCUGGUCCCAUUCCAUAGCACUAUAUUGAAAGCUCUGAUGCCGCAGUUGGCAUCGCCUCGCCAGGCUGUACGCAAGCGUACGAUUGUAGCGCUCUCUGUACUUCUGAUACAGGCGAAUAGCAAUGCCUAUAAUGGCGUCGUUGACCACCUGCUCGAGGGACUCGAAAAUCCGCAGAAUCCUGGUGCUGUGCGUACCUAUAUUCAAUGCUUAGCUUCUAUCUGUCGUCAAGCUGGACAUCGGCUCUGCAAUCACAUUGAUCGCUCAAUGCUGCUGCUCAAACAAUAUAGCCAGCGUGAUGAUGAUGAGCUGCGCGAAUUCUGCCUGCAGGCCUGCGAGGCAUUUGUGUUGCGUUGCCCAGACGCUAUCCAUCCACACAUUCCUAUGAUACUCGAACUAUGCCUCAAGUACGUAACUUAUGAUCCGAACUACAAUUAUGAGGCCGAUGAUGGCGAUACAGGCGUUGCCAUGGACACCGAGGAGGAUGAAUAUGUGGACAGCGAAGAGUAUAGUGAUGACGACGAUAUGAGCUGGAAAGUUCGACGUGCUGCUGCCAAAUGCCUGGAGGUGUUAAUUGCCACUCGUCAGGAAUUAAUUGAAGAAUUCUAUCGUACGCUGAGUCCAGCAUUAAUAGCACGCUUUAAGGAGCGCGAAGAGAAUGUUAAAUCUGACAUUUUCCAUGCAUAUGUUGCACUGCUGAAGAAUACACGUCCGGCAGAUGAUAUUGCACACGAUCCCGACUCCAUGGAUCAAAUAUCUGGGCCAACCCUUUUGCUAAUUGAACAGCUGCCGCAGAUUAUUAAAGCCAUACAGCCGCUGAUGCGUGAAAAAUCGAUGAAGACGCGUCAGGACUGUUUCCUUUUGUUACGCGAACUUCUGAACUCUCUACCAGGCGCCCUGGGCCCACAUUUGGAAAGCAUUGUGCCCGGCAUAAGCUAUUCGCUGAACGACAAGAGUUCGACGAGCAACAUGAAAAUUGAGUCACUCGGCUUUCUUUGCUCAUUGCUUCAGGGUCAUCAGCCACAUGUUUUCCAUCCGCAUAUACCGCUUUUGGUGCCGCUGGUGGUGACAUCGGUGUUUGAUCCGUUUUACAAGAUUGCCACCGAGGCAUUGUUGGUGCUGCAGCAACUCGUCAAGGUGGUGCGUCCGUUGGGCGUUAAUGCUGUCAAAUCAGACUUCGAUGUGACGCCGUUUGUCGGUCAGGUUUAUGCGUGCACCUUGCAGAAACUAAAGGUCACCGAUGUCGAUCAGGAGGUGAAGGAACGCGCCAUUGCCUGCAUGGGCCAAAUCAUUGCCAAUAUGGGUGAUCUGCUCAAGAGUGAACUGGACGUUUGUCUGCCCAUCUUUAUGGAACGCUUGAAAAACGAAGUCACGCGCCUAAGUAGCGUUAAAGCACUGACCAUGAUUGCAGCAUCACCUUUACGCAUUGACCUCUCGCCCAUAUUGCAUGACGUUCUACCAACUCUGGGCACAUUCUUGCGCAAAAAUCAUCGUGCUUUGAAGCUGCAUUCUUUGGAUCUGAUCAAUAAGAUUGUCAUCAACUAUUCCUCGAACUUUGAGCCAAGUGUCUUGCAGUCGGCUAUUAUCGAAAUACCUGGACUUAUUUCUGACUCCGAUCUUCAUGUGGCUCAAUACUCGCUGACCCUACUAAGUACAACAGCUCGUCGUCAGCCCCAGGCAUUGGUUGGCAUACAUGAGAAGUUUUUGCCAUCUGUGUUAAUUUUGGUUCGGUCGCCGUUGUUGCAGGGUACCGCUUUGCAAUGCACUUUGGACCUAUUUCAGGCGCUGGUACAGGCGCAACUGCCCGGCUUAACCUAUGACUCUCUGGUGUCGAAGCUAAUGGAGCCAGUUUUGAAAGGCAGCGAUCCGGCAGCAAGGAAUCCAAACGAACAGCUGCAGCUGCACAAGCAAGCAUAUCAUUCGUCGGCCAAAUGCAUUGCGGCUUUGACCCAGCAGUGUCCACAGGUGGCGACCGAAUUAGCCGCUCAUCUGAUGGCCGAGCUGCAGAAUCGUGGCAAAAAGGAUACGCAGAUAAUCUUCUGCUUGCUAACCAUUGGCGAAAUAGGCAGACAUUUUGAUCUAAGCUCUAUUCAAGUGCUUCCGCAGACAAUCAUUGAAUGCUUUGGUGCCACGUCCGAGGAUGUGAAGGCAGCGGCCUCGCAUGCCCUCGGCGCUGUCUCAGUGGGGAGUUUGCAGACAUAUUUGCCGCUCAUUUUGAAGGAAAUUGAGGCACAGCCCAAGCGAGAAUAUUUGCUGCUCCAUUCACUGAAGGAAGUUAUUUCAUCGCUAUCGGUCACGCCCAAUGGUCUGGCACAGCUGUUGCCAUCGGUGCCUUCGAUAUGGGCCCAACUGUUUAAGCACUGCGAGUGCUCGGAAGAAGGUUCACGCAACGUGGUGGCGGAAUGCCUGGGCAAACUGGUGCUCGUCAAUCCGGAAGAACUGUUGCCGCAAUUGCAGCAAGCCCUGCGCUCUGAAAGCGCGACGAUGCGGACCGUUGUUGUGUCCUCCGUUAAAUUUACCAUCUCCGAUCAGCCGCAGCCCAUUGAUUUGCUGCUGAAGCAAAGCAUCGGUGAAUUUUUAUUCGCGCUGCGUGAUCCGGAGCCGCAGGUGCGUCGCGUUGCUCUGGUCGCAUUUAAUUCGGCUGUGCACAAUAAACCUAGUUUGGUGCGCGACUUGCUGCCCACACUUUUACCGUGGCUAUAUUCCGAGACAAAAGUGAAAAGUGAGCUUAUACGUGAAGUUGAAAUGGGACCAUUUAAACACACGGUCGAUGAUGGACUUGAUAUACGAAAAGCGGCAUUCGAAUGCAUGUAUACACUACUUGAGCAGGGUCUGGACCGUGUAGACGUUAUGCAGUUUAUGGAUCACGUUCAGGCUGGCCUAUGUGAUCAUUAUGACAUUAAAAUGCUGACGUACCUAAUGACAGCACGUCUGGCUGUAUUGUGUCCCGAUAAGGUUUUACUGCGACUGGAUCAAUUCGUUCAACAACUACGCGACACAUGCACCCACAAGGUAAAGGCCAACUCGGUUAAGCAGGAGUACGAGAAACAAGACGAACUUAAACGUUCUGCCCUGCGAGCCGUAUCUGCUCUCUCGCAAAUACCCAAAGCAAAUAAAAAUCAGCAGUUACUAGACUUUUUAAAGUCAAUUAAAGAAACACCGGAACUGUGUAAAAUUUAUGAUUAUGUGCAGAAGGAUUCCAUUACCGGCAAUUCAGAUGUUGCCAUGGACCAGACUUAAGUUGUGUUAAAUAGCGCUGUUCUAUGAAUUUUAAUUUUAUUAAUAAUAAUGUAAUAAGAAUGUGUGAACACAAACGUAUCGUCUAUCUGAUACAGCCAUUAGUUUUUUUAACUAAGCAAUAAAAUCGAUUUGUAAUACUGCUCA